AUGGACUGCACCUCGCCUCUUCUGCUCAACGACGACCUUGUCGGCAAAUGGGUGCGCUUCACGGGGAUUGGAGGAGACAGAGUUAUUACAGAAUGUUAUCGACAGUUUAUUGGUGGCACCGUCUAUCCGAUUUAUAUUCCAUUUCCGUAUCCAACAUCAGAGGCUGCACCCUCCGUGACAGAUCAUCACGAGUGUAAGGAGGACUCCUGUGGGCCACUUGCUGUGUGUUCUUCGAUAGGAGGCUGUACUUGUGCUAAUGGAUUUGAAAUUCCCUCGAACUACGAGCCUACUGGAGAUUCAUACGGCUGUGGCGACGUCGACGAGUGCGAGGAGUCCCCAUCAGUUUGUGGUCCCGAUUCCGACUGCGUGAACACCGUUGGCUCGUUCACCUGUAGCUGUGUGGAAGGAUAUGCAGCAGAUUCAGACAGUCCAGUCGGAUUGCUCAACAAAUGCAAAGAUAUUGACGAGUGUGUUGACCGAAGUAUCUGCGGUCCUGAGUCUGUCUGUACCAACCUACUUGGAUCUUAUACCUGCACGUGCACAGAGGGUUUCACUGCGACUGAUCCAUCCGAAAAGCUGAGCAACACCAACAUCUGCACUGAUCUUAAUGAGUGUCUUUACGAGCACACUUCCUGUGGACCUUACUCCAUCUGCACAAACAUAAUCAGCUCUCACCUCUGCGAGUGCUUGCCUGGCUAUCGGGUGGACGACCCAGCUGUCAUAGCCAGCUCCACCAACCCGUGCAUAGACAUAGACGAGUGCAUUGAAACUCCUGACAUAUGUGGCGGAGGAACCGUGUGCAUCAAUGAAGAGGGAAGCUACUACUGUUCCUGCACCGAGGGAUACUACCCCUCGUCUGGAAUCGUGUGGGAGAAAGGCACCUAUUGUAGAAGUCUGAGAGAUAUUCUGGAUGAAAUCGACCCCCCCAAGAUGGUGGCAAACAGCUUUUCUGCAACCAUGGAAGUGUCUGGUGUUGGACCGCGCGCCAUGCCGGUAGAGCUGAGCAGCGAAGGAGACGGAGAGACUGGAAGCGUCAUCCUGGGCAUCUCAGAGCGCCUGGUCGCUGCCAUGAUUCCACCAACUACGGAUGACACCGCAAAAGCACUGAAGACUUCGACAGUGGAUUUGGACCUUCUGGUCGUUGGUCCCGGGAGUCAUCCCAACAAGAGGGCCCACCUCGCUGCCCAAGGAAUGAGCAUGGAUAUCAACAUGGGAGCUCUACCCAGCGCCAACGAUGGUCCUGCAGCAGUCGCCUUUAUGACGCUGAACGGGCUGGAGAGCCUCCUUAGUGAGAGAUACUUUGAAACAGAGAACGGGACGGAGAUGUAUUCGGAUGUUUUCACCGCCAUACUACCCAAAACGGGCCACGUCAACCUCACAGAGCCCGUCAACUUCACCAUCUACCACAAGGAAGUACGCGACUCAGGAGUGCUCACCUGUGUGUACUGGGAGGACAAAAGCAAGAAGGAGGAUGAGGAAGGGGAGGGGAGUAUGCGUUGGUCAGUGGACGGCUGCUGGGUGGCGUACUCGGAUGAAAACCUAACGGUGUGCAGCUGCUCUCACCUCUCCACCUUCGCCCUCAUCAUGCAGAUCGGGGAGCCUCCGCCCCAAAGCGACUUCUUAGAGUGGCUGAACCGGUUGUGCGUGAUCAUCGGACUGUUCUUCUUCGCUCUGGCCGUCCUCACCUUCCUCCUGUGCAGCUGGAACCCCAAAAUCAACAACACGGCCCGUCUUCACCUCUGCCUCAACCUCGGGAUGUCCCACCUGCUGCUGCUGUUCAACGACAAAUACGUCGACGACGAGCUGGCCUGCACUGUCAUGGCGGGCCUUCUCCACUUCCUAGUCGUGGCCAGUUUCGUGUGGAUGCUGCUGGAGGCGCUGCAGCUCCACUUGCUGGUCCGAAGGCUCUCGAAGGUGCAGGUCAUCCAGAGGGACGGUCUCCCCAGGCCGCUGCUCUACCUGGUCGGCUACGGAGUUCCGUUCGUGGUCGUGGGCGUUUCCGCGCUGGUGUAUUCGGACGGAUACGGCGCCACCGAGGCACAAGUGUGCUGGCUCUCGAGGCGGCGCGACUUCAACUGGGCUUUAACGGGCCCUGUGAUCGCCAUCCUCGGACUCAACUGCCUUUUGUUCUGUGCUACUCUAUGGAGUCUGAGACCCACCUUGGCCAACAUGAAAAGUGACGUCUCUCAAUCCAAAGACACCAGGAUAAUUGUGUUCAAGAUCCUGGCCCAGUUUGUCAUACUGGGCUGCACGUGGAUCCUGGGACUGUACCAGACGAACCUCUUCUUCCAGAUUCUCUUCAUCAUCCUCAACUCCCAGCAGGGCACCUUCCUCUACAUCGUCCACUGUCUGCUCAACAAGGAGGUCCGAGAGGAGUACAUAAAGUGGCUGACAUGCUCUCUUGGAAACGACGGAGCCGAACAGAAGGAUGCUCCUUCAGUCUCUGAGGACUUGGACAAGCCCGCGGAACAGAGAACAGAGAACCAAAAGGCUGAUGAGCAAUCCUGAUGAGGUGAAAACAAAGAGAGGAGAGACAGAAAAGAGACAAAACCAUCUGUAGC